CACGAGGGCAAUGUUUUUAGAUUGACAUACAAAUCUUCUUUUGAGUCCUGACUCUACCGUACCCCAGUGAUGCAUCAAGCUUUACUUGUUCCCGAAGUCCUCCUGGAGAUAUUCGCCUAUGUGAAAAUAAUACCAUCUACUGAAACAACACCGGCCCAGGAAUUACUUGCAGCGCUUGCAAGGACAUGCAAAAUCUUCCACGAGCCUGCGAUGGAUCUGCUGUGGGCUGAAAUCGAUGGGUUAGAACCACUGCUAGGCUGUGUAGCGAGGUUACAUCCAUUGAUAUAUCAUAGUAGUACAAAGUGGGACGAACCAUGGGCGAAAGGUGUCGAACUAUUAUCUGCCCAUGAGGCCCGUCAAUUUCUGCGUCACUCCUCCCGUAUACGCAUAUUGGACAUACAAUCUGAGCAUCCGCACCUUCUCUCUGUCAUCCCCGCCGAGGCAUGCAUAUUUCCGAGGCUGAAGUCAUUAAGUCUGACCACCGUAUAUUUGAACCUCUUUCUGCCUCACAUGCUGCACCGAUGUCAUCUAUUGAGCGUCGACGAGAGUCUGCAAUCUUUUGUGACACGUUGCAUUGCUCUGGAGCAUUUAUGCAUCUACACUCCCAAUAUGUCCCAGUUUGACAACACAGCAAAUGAGAUGUCCCUGCUAUCCGAUAGGAUCCAUUGGUGCACGCGGCUUGUAGCUAUUUCUUGUCCAAUGCUCGACUGGGCAACAUGGAAACACCUCUCCUCCCUCCCUGCUCUUCUCAAAUUGAGAAUUAAUCAAGGAUGCAAUCACCCUCCUUCGCUGUCAAAACAAGAUAUCGUGAAUAUAUCAUUCCUUAAUAUCACAAGCCUUUUAUUUCACGACCUCUAUGAUACUGCAGAUAUCAUCACAGUCAUACAACACUCGCAAUUUCCCUCGCUGAAAGAGUUCGUAUUUAAUGCCAGGUAUAUCUCUCCAGAAGAUGCCGAGCAACUCUUUCAUGCUCUGUCCCGCUGCAAAGCGUGCCGGACUCUAGAAGAAAUCACCAUUUGUUCUUUUGAUGAGAGAUACCGUGUACCCCCAAACAGCGAGCCUUUGACACCAAUUCCGCACUUCCUUUGCUUUACGCAACUCCGAAGCCUGAGGCUCGCAUCUCAUAAUUCCCACAUCCACCUGGACAAUGACAUGCUCUUGCAAGCCAUGUCUACUUGGCCGCACAUCUGCGCUCUGGAAAUCAAUAACUCAGCUAGCUAUCCUUCUUCCGAAAUCUCCCUCCGUGAAUUAUUCACAGCGCUCAGUCUAUGUCCAGAAUUGCAUACACUACGAGUGCCAAUCAAUCUUGCAACUAUCAACAUCGAUCCUGAUGCCGAGCCAAUACAACACACCUCCCUACGAUCAUUGGCUUUGAACUUAUCCGUGUCUCAAAUAACAAAUGCUGAAACUAUCGCUCGCAUUAUUUACGCCUGGCUCCCUUUCGUCAACCAAGUUCGAAACCCAUAUAGUUUGAAUUGGGCUGAAGUCAACAGGUAUCUUGGAUCUUUGGGAAGGGCUACUGUGCCGUACGUCAGGCGAGCCUCCUAUAAAAAUUGAGUUUGGAAUAUCUUCACGUCCGGGAAUGUGUCAUCAGUAUGAUUUCCAACACGAUUACGUGCGUCACCUGAGCUCCACCGCUCACUGUGCUCGACGGUCCCCUCCCUCCUUCUAUACCUUUUGUUAUCCGCGUCUGUAACAGCCAUGUAAUCACACAACUCAAUAUGCGCUUGAUGAAAUUCAACAACUACAUAGAAGGAUACAUCCAUGCCAUAUGAUGAGAUACCAUGGCUGCGUCUAGCGCGCUAUAAAGAUAGUCUAAUAAUUGUAUAGAAGUGAUAAUGAAGAGAGGAAAGCGUGUCAAGAAGAGCG